AUACUAAGCACUAGUCUAUAUUUACACACAAUAACUUAACCUUACCAAAUAAAUUUUCAGGAAAACCAAAAUAUAACCAUUUCUUUCACACGUGUUUGUCAAACCAUCGCGGCGUAAAAUUUAAACGAAUAUAAUCCAGAACCCCCCUGAAUUACUACUUUAACAUACGUUUUCCCGGGCGGGGCUAUAUCUUCAUUAUCAUUCAGGAUUCCAGCCCGAUUUUGCAGAUAAAAUUUGCAGUUUAAAUCAAUAUAUCGUCGUUAUUUAAAAAAAAAAACACUUGUGAACAUUAAUUUUGGUCCUUCAAUAUAACAGUAGGCAUAGAAAACACCAGGAGAAUCAUAUAAAUUUAGAAAUACAAAACUUGUAAGGUCUUGCAACAGAGGUCUUGCAAAUAUGUAUAUAGGCGCCCACCUAUACGCAGGCUAUCAGGAAACUUACUUUAUAAAUUUUUAAAAUUGCUACUUGAGUGCUUAUGAGAACUAAAGAGGUGAAAUUGCCCAGAAAUCUUCGAAAAUUUAAAAGAAAGAAAAUGUCAAUGCGGUUCUUGAAAAAUUGCUUGCUUAUCAUAUUGUUUUUAGUUGUUAUUCAUUUUUGGUUGAAGACGAAAUCAUAUAGGUUUAGCAAGGAAGAUGUUGUCAAAAUUGGGGAAAAAUAUGCAGGUAAUUGGUUCAGGUGUAGCAAUUAUGAAUUAAAGUUUAGACUAUUUUCAGAAUGACUGGAGCGUAUUCAUAGUUGUACAAGAGUAUUAUAAACAAGUCUACAUACAAUUCAAAUGAAAUUAAUGAAUCAAGGCAGUUGAACCACUGAUAUCUGAGUCGAACAGCUCCAUGCAGUAAUUCUGCAAAUGGCCUAAUGCCCCAGCGGCUACGCUCGUGCUCCAAGAUCCGCCAUGUAAAGUGCAGUGAAAUGUAUCUCACUAUGUGAUCAAUCAGUUAUCAGUACCAUCCAUUAGCACCACCACAUUAAGCCACCACCAUUGACAUCAUCACUGUCAUCACCAUUACUGUCAUUGAUCACCAACAUAGAUUAUCACCACUACCUCCAUCAAUCACCACUCUGACCAUCACUUCAUUAGGGACACCAUCACCACCAUCAUUCACCACCAUCAUCAUCACUGUCAUCAUCACCAUUGACAUCACCACUAUGACCACUAUCACUGUCAUCACCAUCACUGUCAUCACCAUCAACAUUGAUCGCCAUGUUCACCACCAACAUCACCAUCAUCACUAUUCUUAUUCCAAUUCAGGUAGAGAGAUACAGCAAGCAUUUCAGAAAAUAGCCAGUGAACUGCAAGAACAUUACCCUGGCCACAUCUUACCAACCAAGCACCGUGAAUGGGUGAUGUACAAAUAUUCAGGAAUGACCUUAUCCAUGACCAUACUACAUGCAUCCCUGACAGAAUAUGUACUACUUUUUGGAUCUGCACUGGAUACAGAUGGCUAUUUAGGUACACAUGCCAUUCCAAUGUUGUUUUAUUGCAUUAAUUCUCAUAUUUGAUUGGUACAUUUCAGUAAGCAUUCCGGCCAGGCCAGCAGAUUGUGGGCAACUUGUACUAAAUGUAAACUACACCUUUCAAAUUGAUUUGCCUCCAAAUAUCUAAUGAGCAUUUAAAUUUCUGGGGGAGGGGUGUGUGUGCAAAUUUCUCUAGGUGGGGUGGGAAAACUUUCCGAGGGGAUGCAAAAUAUUUUUGGGGGGGGUGCAUGCACACCUCCAGAAAGAAAAUCUGUCUAUGAAAUAACAUGUGAACUUUUCUGUUGCUUCUCAGGUCGGCACUGGUUAAACUGCACAAUGUUACUUCUAUCAGGGUCAGUAAAAUACUGGAAAGAAGGCGAUAUAGAAGCCAUUGAAUACAAAAUUGGUGAUAGUUUUACCUUUCAUAGUGGAUCAACAGGCUGCCUAGGAUGGAAGGCAAAUACAUGGGUCUUGGAAUAUGGACGAGGGUUCCUACCUAUGAGCAUGCCAGCGAUAAUUUCAGAUGGACUAUUCACUUCUUUUGAUGUGAUAGGAAUAUUUAAAAUGUUCCGCGCUUUUGGUGUUGCGUACUAUUAUGAACUGAAAAGCGAGAUAGGUUCCUUUAUUUCUAGUAUAUGAACAAUAAAGCAAGCAGUUCUGUUUUUGUAUUUUAUUGCUAGUAUUCUCUGCACAGGGCUGGAAAAUAUCCGGCAAAAUGUCAAUGUAAAGGUAGCUCUUUCUCCAAUCUUUCUUCUCAAUUAUUUUAAGACUUUGAGUAGAGGUCCGACGAAGGAUUAAACCUGGGUCCUGAGUGGUGUUUCCCUCGGUCUCAGUAAAUAAGUGAUAAUUAAUACUGAGCGUUUCUACUUUAUAUUUAUUUACAUUAGUGAUCCCACCAAUGCUACACGUUUAUAUUAAAAUAUUAAAUAUCAUUAACAUUCUACAAUAGGUAUAUUUCAUAUUAAAAAACUUUCACUAAGAAUACAUUCCCACCAUAUUAGAUUCAGCCACGAGAUUGAUUCAGACUAGUACAUACCUACACACGUAAAAAUCUCACAACUUGUCAACAAGAUGUGUCGCAACAGGCUUGUAGCAAGCUUGUCAACAAGUGGUAACAAUUAAUGCUGUUAUUUUUCCAAGUUGCUACAAGCUUGUCACUCACAACUUGUUGACAAAUUGUUGAAUUGGAGGACGAUAACAAGUUGUUGGAACAACUUGUAACAAGUCUGUUGAACUCAACAACCUUGUAGCAAGUUGUCAACAAGCUGGGAACAAGCAGUGCGAACACAUCAUGUUGACAAGUUGUUGGAACAGCAUUGCUACAAGUCUGCUGCAGGUUUGUUACAACUUGUGCGUUUUUACGUGUGUAGACUG